CCUCCAGGAUCCGAAGUCCUCUCUCCCCUUCCGUCAUAAGAGGGGGCACAGUGAGAGAAGGAAACCAGGAAGACAAAGCAGAGCUCUAGGCACGGAGGAAACAAGUUAGCGUACGUCACAAGCCACCUCUACUCCUCCCCGCCCCCGUCCUGAUUUCCUCCUCCCUCUUCCCCCACCCAAUCCCAUCCAGAUCUCAUCGCCGGAACGUAAAUCAUCCUCCGAAGACUUUGUAUCUUUCGAUCGGAUUCCUAACCCGUUUCUUAUUCCCUCUCUCUCCAAUCUCCUUCAAUCUCUUCUUCUCUUGUUUUCUGGGUGGACGGAAAGAUCUGGUUUCUUGAAGCGCAAUAUUCUGGUCUCCGAUCUCGUUGAUCCGAGGAUCGGAGAUUGUGUUUGAUUUUUUCGUGGUUUUGGUGCUUCUUUGACCCUUUUUUUGAAGGAUCUUGAGGCGGAAAUGGUUGGAUCUGGGGUUAGGGGGCUGAAUUAGAAACCCUGGUGAUGGCAGCGGCGUCGGGUAACGCGGUGGCGGACCCAAUGCAGUUGCCGGUGGGCGGGGGUGCGAGCGAGGUGCCACAGCAGUGGUUUGUGGAUGAGAGGGACGGAUUUAUUUCGUGGCUGAGGGGGGAAUUUGCUGCGGCCAAUGCUAUCAUCGACCUUUUGAUGCAUCACCUCAGGAUCACCGGCGAGCCCGGGCAGUACGACCACCUUGCGGGAUGCAUCCACCAGCGGCGAUUCCACUGGGCGCCCAUACUCCACCUGCAGCAGUACUUUCCCGUCGCCAAUGUUAUGUACGCGCUGCAGCGGGUGGAGGGGAAACAGCGUCCGCAGAUCCCACAGAGGCGCUCCUACGGUCCGAAAGAAAAUGGAAGAAAGAACGGAUUUGGGCAUGGGUACGGACAUCGAUCCGAUGGAGUUCUAGAUACCCAUGGAUCGCUUGCAUCUGGUAUGGCUAUGUCUGACGAUGUAAAUACAGAGAAGAGGGAUGAUAAGCUGGAAACAUACACUGACACCAGCCAGAAGACUGACGCACCACCUCAUGCUGAGAAGGAUGGAGUAUGCAAUGUACCUAGCUCCAAAGCAUAUAGCAGCCUUAAGGAGAUAGCAAACGUAGUUGAGCCCAACUGCUAUGAGUCGGAACCCGCAGGUGAUAGUCGAGCCUUGGACUGCAAAGGGACUCGCAAUGAUUCUGCUAAAGGUGAUGUAGAUAUAACUUCAAAUCCAGGCGAAAAUCAGAAAGGCUACUUAAUGCCAAAAGAAUUUUUGGCCAAAGAAAUAAGUGAUGGCACAAUGGUUAAUGUUGUUGAAGGACUGAAACUGUAUGAGGAUUUUCUGAAUAGCUCAGAGAUUAUAAGACUUGUUUCAUUAGCCUAUGAAACGAGAGCUGCUGGUCAUAGAAAAGAACUCCCAGGUCAAACACUUGUAACAUUGAAAAGACCAAUGAAGGGACAUGGAAGAGAAAUGAUUCAGUUUGGCAUUCCCAUUAAUGAGGGACCUCAAGAAGAUGAAAAUACCACUGUGAGCUCUGGUGAGAAAAAGGUAGCAGCCAUUCCUAGUGUACUGCAGGUUAUGCUUCAUAGCUUGGUUCAGCUGCAAGUUUUGCCAGUUAAACCUGAUUUUUGCAUUAUUGACUUAUUUAAUGAGGGGGAUCACUCACAACCUCACACAUGGCCACCUUGGUACGGUAGGCCUGUUUGUAACUUAUUAUUGACUGACUGUGACAUUGUAUAUGGCCGGGCAGUAGGAUCAGAUCACAGGGGAAACUACAAUGGCUCUUUGAAGCUCUCUCUCACUGCAGGGGCUCUUCUUGUAAUGGAAGGAAAAAGUGCAGAUCUAGCAAAACGUGCCAUCCCUUCCCUUCGCAAGCAGCGCAUCCUUUUGACAUUUGGAAAAUCCCAACCAAAGAACUUCUCCCGUCAUCUGCCAGGCCGUAAGCAACAAGUGCCACCAAUGCAUCCUCAGAGUAUGUCUCUUCCAAAUGGCGUCCAGCCACUGUUUAUGGCACCUCCUGUGGUGCCUCCUACAACUGUUGGGUGGACAGUGGCAGUCCCUCCUAUGCACCCUAAUCCUCCAUUUCCAGUUCCUGGCACUGGAGUCUUUCUUCCCCCUGGUUCUGUCCAUUCGCCUCCAUCUCAACAGCUACCAGUGGCUCCAAUUUCAUCUGGGGCUUUCUAUGCUCCACAUAUAUUUGCAUCAUCUGAGAGCAACGGGGCGCAGAAACCAAAUUGUAACAAUGAUGCUUCUCCGAAGAAUACACAGGAUCUGACUGAGCCUAAGCUGGAAUACGAUGGGUGCUUGAGCAUUGACAAUGCUGCCCCUGAUGAACAGAAAAAUGUGGCUGCUAAGAAGCUGGUGAAAAAGCUGACAGAAAAUUCUGCCAGGUAGAGGAAGGUAUAGUGGAGACUGAAGGAGAAAAGGAGUCGCAUUCUUUUCGAGCAAUAGCAGGACGGUCAGGAAACUGGAAAAGAAUUUUGGAGCAAAUGUAAAGAUCAGCUGAGGAAUCACUAAACCACCUCUUAUCCUUUUCGCAUGUCAAGAAUCACGAGUAAACCUUUUCAUUUUAUUUUUUGUAGGGUCUUCAUACUUUUUUUAUUUCAUCUUCAGCUCCUGUUCAAUUACACCAACGACUUACAGCUACAUUUCUCAAGAGAACC